AUGGCCACCAAUAUUACCUUACACCCAGGCUCCGUGACAAACUUGGAGCGGACGCAAUUACUUGGCCAGACAGGCGUUACUGUGUGGCUUACGGGGCUAAGCGGCAGCGGAAAAUCAACCAUUGCCUGUGCCCUUGAACAGCAUCUACUGAACCUGCACAAGUUUACCUACCGUCUCGACGGUGACAAUGUCAGAUUUGGUCUUAAUAAAGACCUUGGCUUCGACGAAAAGUCCAGAAAUGAAAAUAUACGACGGAUAGGCGAGGUGUCCAAAUUAUUUGCGGACGCAGGAUGCGUAUCCAUCACCGCCUUCAUAUCUCCUUAUCUGGCAGACAGGGCGAUAGCCAGGGAACUACAUCAGAAGGCCUCCUUGCCAUUUGUCGAGGUAUACGUCGAUGCCCCACUGGAGGUAGUUGAAAAACGGGAUCCCAAAGGAUUGUACAAAAAAGCAAGGGCUGGAGAAAUCGAAGAAUUUACUGGAAUAUCCGCACCAUAUGAGGCCCCAGAAGCUCCAGAAAUUCAUAUCAAGACCCAUGAAACUGAGGUCCUCGACGCGGUUCGCAUUAUUGCCGAUUAUCUUGCUUCCAAGGGAUACCUUUCGACGUGAUUACUUUCUGAUCACGCCUGGAGCGACACUACAUGUAUACCUUUACCAGACAUCUGUUGGACAUAGAUUGCUAUGUUUUCUGGCC